GCGCGGGCCCGGAGCAGCGAGGAAGGCGGCACCUGGGCGGCGGUGAUGUCAGCCGCUCGCUGUGCUCCCGCCCGGGCUCCUGUCGCCGCGUAGGGCGCGGGGGCGACAGCGACGGGAGCCGCGACCUCGCAGCCGGGCGGGCGCCGGGGCGGAACUGCAACUUGUGGAGCUCGGCCGCGGCCCUCGGCCUCAGAACUGGUGCUUACAGAACUGGUGGAACAUCAGUCAUCGCAAAAGGCAAACAAGCAGUCUAGGUCUGUUUCUGAGGAAGUGACUAACGUCGCUUGCAUUCCAUUAAGGCUGAAUAACAAAGACCAUCUUUGAGUCCUGGAAACCGGGCCUAUGAUGAAAACUCAGAAAGCUGAUGUUCAGAACUUCUAUGGAUCAGUUUGCUAAGGACGUGCAAGAUUGGAAGAGCUGAGAGAAAUCAGCGUUGAACCUUUUUCUUAAGGUUGAAGCAGGAGUCUUCUGACACUCGGGAAGAUGAUGAGCGAUGCUAGCGACAUGCUGGCAGCAGCGCUGGAGCAGAUGGACGGGAUCAUAGCAGGUUCCAAAGCCUUGGAGUAUUCCAAUGGGAUUUUUGAUUGCCAAUCUCCCACCUCCCCGUUUAUGGGAAGCUUGCGAGCCCUGCACCUCGUGGAAGACCUUCGUGGAGUGCUGGAGAUGAUGGAAACAGAAGAGAAGGAAGGAUUGAGAUGCCAGAUCCCAGACUCAACAGCAGAAGUGCUCAUUGAGUGGCUUCAAAGUCAAAUGACCAAUGGGCACCUGGCCGGGCAUGGCGACGUGUACCAGGAGAGGCUGGCGCGGUUGGAGAACGACAAGGAGUCCCUUGUGCUUCAGGUGAGCGUGCUGACUGACCAGGUGGAGGCCCAGGGAGAGAAGAUCCGAGACUUGGAGUUCUGUCUUGAGGAGCACAGGGAGAAGCUGAAUGCCACUGAGGAAAUGCUGCAGCAGGAGCUUCUGAGUCGGACAUCCUUAGAAACACAGAAGCUGGAGCUGAUGGCCGAGGUCUCUAAUCUGAAGCUGAAACUGACGGCUGUAGAGAAGGACAGGCUGGAUUAUGAAGACAGGUUCAGAGACACAGAGGGACUGAUACAAGAGAUCAAUGAUUUGAGGUUAAAAGUCAGUGAAAUGGACGGUGAAAGACUACAGUAUGAGAAAAAACUUAAGUCAACUAAAUCUUUAAUGGCCAAACUUUCUAGCAUGAAAAUCAAGGUGGGUCAGAUGCAGUAUGAAAAGCAGCGGAUGGAACAGAAAUGGGAGUCACUGAAGGAUGAAUUGGCAUCUUUAAAAGAGCAACUGGAAGAGAAGGAAUGUGAAGUAAAAAGGCUUCAGGAGAGACUGGUUUGCAAGACGAAAGGAGAAGGGAUCGAAGCCCUUGAUCGAGAUGAAAAUAUUAAAAAGAAGCUCAAAGAGAAAAACGUUGAAGUACAGAAAAUGAAAAGGGCAGUGGAGUCUCUGAUGGCAGCAAAUGAAGAAAAGGACCGGAGGAUAGAGGAACUCCGGCAGAGCCUGGGCAGGUACCGGACAGCACAGGACCCAGCCGCCCCGGCCCCAGGCCCGGAUGCAGAGUGUGAGGGUCUGCUCCGCUCCAGCUCCAGCUCCACCCUGUUGGACGCGCAGGGCUUCAGCGACCUGGAGAGAAGUACUUCCUCGACACCAGGCAUGGGCUCUCCCGGCAGGGAGCCGCUCAGCACGAGCACCGCAGAAGAGUUUCACACCAGCAUCUUGCAGGCUUCAGUCCCUUCACUAUUGCCACUAUCUAUGGGUUUAGAAACUUCUGAGAAAUCGAAGCUGCCUACUAAGGCCGAGACUUCAUUUGACGAGAAUGAUGGAAAAGCAAUCCUGGGCGCGGCUGCUGAAGUCUCCCUGUGUGAUGGUGUUUCAACUCCGAGUCUGCCAAAAUCCAGCAGCCUGGGAAAUCUGAAGAAAGAGACAUCAGAUGGCAUGGAUAAAGCUCCAGCCGGCAGUCGCACGUUUGGGACCCUGCCUCCCCAGGUCCCGGGACCUGACGGGUCUAUGGAUGACAACCCCUUUGGAACUCGAAAAGCCAGGUCCUCCUUUGGCCGGGGCUUUUUCAAAAUCAAAAGUAACAAGAGGACAGCCAGCGCACCAAAUCUCGACCGUAAACGAAGUGCCAGUGCACCCAGCUUAGCAGAGACAGAGAAGGAGACAGCCGAGCACCUAGAUCUGGCUGGUACAUCUCGGCCAAAAGGUUCCCAGGGGACCAGCCCAUUCCAGAUGUCUCCCCCAUCUCCAGACUCCAAAAAGAAGUCCAGAGGCCUCAUGAGACUCUUUGGGAAACUCAGGAGAAGCCAGUCAACUACAUUCAACCCAGAUGACAUGUCUGAGCCUGAAUUCAAAAGAGGAGGGACAAGAGCAACUGCGGGCCCCAGGCUUGGUUGGUCUCGGGAUUUAGGACAGUCCAACAGUGACCUGGAUAUGCCGUUUGCCAAAUGGACCAAGGAGCAAGUGUGCAGCUGGCUGGCAGAGCAGGGCUUGGGCUCCUACCUCAGCUCUGGGAAGCACUGGAUUGUAUCUGGCCAGACGCUCUUGCAAGCUUCUCAGCAAGAUCUAGAGAAGGAACUGGGCAUCAAGCAGUCACUGCAUCGCAAGAAGCUCCAGCUGGCCCUGCAGGCCCUGGGGUCUGAGGAGGAAACCAACUAUGGAAAGCUGGACUUCACCUGGGUCACCAGAUGGCUGGAUGACAUUGGCCUGCCACAGUACAAGACCCAGUUUGACGAAGGCCGCGUGGACGGGCGGAUGCUGCACUACAUGACUGUGGAUGACCUGCUGUCCCUGAAGGUCGGGAGUGUCCUGCAUCACCUCAGCAUCAAGCGGGCCAUCCAGGUCCUGAGGAUCAACAACUUUGAGCCCAACUGCCUGCGGAGGCGACCGUCCGACGAGAGCAGCAUCACACCCUCAGAGGUUCAGCAGUGGACCAAUCACCGUGUGAUGGAGUGGCUGCGCUCGGUGGACCUGGCGGAGUAUGCGCCGAACCUCAGAGGCAGCGGUGUGCACGGAGGGCUCAUGGUUCUUGAGCCUCGUUUUAAUGUAGAAACUAUGGCUCAGCUACUGAACAUUCCACCAAAUAAGACCUUGUUGCGCAGACAUUUGGCUACCCAUUUCAACCUCCUGAUCGGUGCUGAGGCCCAGCACCAGAAGCGAGAUGCCAUGGAGUUGCCAGAUUAUGUGCUGCUAACAGCUACUGCCAAAGUGAAGCCAAAGAAGCUGACCUUUACGAACUUUGGGAAUCUGAGGAAGAAGAAGCAUGAAGAUGGGGAGGAAUAUGUGUGUCCGAUGGAGCUGGGCCAGGCUACAGGGAGCGGCUCGCAGAAGGGAUUCCGGGCAGGCGUGGACAUGCGCCUGUACGAGGAGGAUGAUCUGGAUCGGCUGGAGCAGAUGGAGGACUCGGAAGGGACGGUGAGACAGAUAGGCGCGUUUUCCGAAGGCAUCAACAACCUGACGCACAUGUUAAAGGAAGAUGACAUGUUUAAAGACUUUGCUGCCCGCUCACCAAGUGCCAGCAUCACAGAUGAAGAUUCCAACGUUUGACCAGAGGGCCUGGGCCAGUGCUGGGAGCACGAGUGUCAUCCUCCCGCUCCGAUUUUCAGAUAGUAUAUCCAGGUGACAGGCUGUGCAUUGUUUAGUGUUACGACUCCUGCCUGCUCGGAAGCGGAACUCUGUUGCAGGGGAGUGGGGCCAGUUCUGAAGAUGCUGUGGGAAGUGAGACGAUGGGCACUCGGGUGCUUGCUCUGCCUCUAAUGUAAGCCUGUGGUAGGGGCCGCCGAAAGGAUUGCCUUCCGGUUGGCUGCUUCCCAGAGUGCUGCAUUCACUGCCCGGAUGGAGGGUCUGGCCACAUCAGUGUUCACCGCAGCCAAAGCUGCUCCCCAGAUCCAGAGGUCACCAAAUGCAGCUGUACCUCCACUGGCUUCUUACUGUCUUAUUUUUAUAUAUUUUUCUAAUUCGUGUGUAUAUAUAUACCGUCUAUAGAAAACAGAACUUUUAUUUUGUGACACAAGGAUCGAAAGAUCAUAUUGAAAACAAAGAAACCCCAUUGUUCUCAGUGUUCAUACACCAGCUAAUCCCUCCUUCAUUAUCCACUGAUGAAUUCUAACAGUGGUCAUCAUUCAGGCCAAAGUGAUCUGCUUCUUUGGUUGUCACAAAAUUGCCAAGCAGCUUAGAAGCUUCAACUCUAAUCCUGGCUCCAUUUGCUUCAUAAAGAAGAAGUGUAGGGUGUUACCACAUCAGCUUGGUUCCUUUGGGUGCACUCAUAUUCCCUCAGAAAAGUGUUUGUCAGAGUGGCUCAGGAAAAACCAAAAACUGAUCAUGGCGCUGAAGGAGUCGGCCUAGCCAUGCCAACGGUAGCUGACCCUCAGGCUGCCAGCCGGUGGGGCGUCAUGUCCCCGCAGUCCAGACCCAGAUAUUCUGGAGCUACAGGACGUUUUCUAAUGGUUUUCCUGUGCAAUAGCACGCUGCUCGUGUUUUCUGUGACACAAGGCUCAAAGAAAGCUGAAAAGCGCGUUCCUGUGACGUGUGUGUUGGAGACAAUCUGUUUUUCAUUCAGGGCUACACACGAGACCAGCUGUGAUCAGACAGUGCUCACGUGCUCAGGGAGAGAAAGGAGGGCAGCUGAGCUUGUGGAGGCAGACCUGGCGAUGGCCAUUUCCAGAGCAGCGGUGUCCUUUAACGCGCCCAGCAGGUCAUGACUAAAGUGAUCUGAUGGUGACAGUGAUGCCUUUGAAUGCUCCAUUCAUGAUUUCAUGACUGCAUUGGCUUCUUCCUAUACUGGGGUUUAGUUUAACAUCAAUUUAAGUCUCACCAUUUGGAAAGCUCAGUUUGUUAUUAGACCCUGGUUGAAAAUACCAGCAGACUGUUGCAGAUGCCAAAUAUUCUUUAUUAAGGACAGUGUAACAACUGAUGAUGUGUGGAAAAGUUAAAGACUUUUGAUUAUAUAUUUUAUUUACAGAAGUAUUAUGCACCGUUGGCAUUAUGAAAGGAAAUAAAGUCAAUUGAUCAUU